AUGUCCCAUAUUGAGCGUCAGCAGGAUUGUUCAGUCGAUUUAAGACGGUUCAGGUGCUCUAGAUGUGGAAAGGGCUAUACAAAGCUGGAGCACCUCAAGAGACAUGAACGAACCCACUCGAAUUCCAAGCCAUAUCGCUGCAACGAAUGUGGCAGACAGUUCGGUCGGCAGGAUGUGCUGUCCAGACAUGCAAAGCUCCAUCUCGACAAGAAGCUGCCUGUAGCGUUUACACCAGAAACACCACAGGAUCAGUCAUUUUUGAGCCAGGAUUCUCCUAACCAAGCAGUAUCUACGACAAGUCCAGAUGUGGCAUUUCCGACCGGGGAUAUACCCAGACAAGCGGAUGCAGCACCUCACACCACCUUUGAAGACUCAGACGAGCUGCUCGAAUGGUUGAUGGCUGGAUAUAAUCAAACAGAUGCUUCAUUGCCUCUAGCUGAAUUUCCCGAUUUCAACAACCUGAUACUUCCCACCGACACCGGAUUCCCGGGGGACAGUACGCUGCUCAGCAACCCCCCUGAAGCAAUGGGCGUGCAACAACUGUUCAGACAACUCGACGACAUGUCCAAACGUUUGAGUUCAGAUAUUGACAAUUGUGGAAUCACGUCGGACUUUCUAGAUGCCUGUCUGCACGAGUUUCUUGAGCGAGUGUCGCCUGCUUUCCCGGUCAUCCAUGCCCCGACCUUUUCAUCCCAAAGAACGAUCCCUCCUCUGCUUCUGAACAUGGUUGCACUGGGUUCCUUAUUUGUAUGCCUACCUAAUGCUGUACGUAAGGGCGAACUCCUAUGGCGACUGGGAUAUACUGCUGUAGCGACCUCCUGGCGAACUCUCAUCAGCCUCCGCCGGCCACAUGAUAAAUGCGAUGGCGUCCAGCUGGUGCUCACAGCUCUGCUGGGACAGACGUAUGCUCUGCUGUCGUCAAAUACAGAAAUCCGAACCACGGCUUUCGUGUUCCACGGGCUAGGGUUCUACUGGGCCAGAACGUGCGGGAUGUACUCCGCGCAGGACUCGCAGACGUAUAUACCAGACGCCAAUGCUUCCGAGUCCGACAGGAGAAUGCUCUGGGAAAUGUGGGCCGCAUCGGAAGUCCAACGUAGGGCUGUUCUGGGACACUAUAUCCUCGAUGGACUUAUAUCGCAGGCCUCUGGCUCGCCGACGAGUGCCCGGCACCUCAUCAACCAGAUCGGAACUGCAUGCUCUGACGAAGCCUUCUCGGCGACGACAGUUGACCAGUGGGUAGUUGCUAUUUCGCAAGCUAAGACGGUUAACAUGCCCAUGUCCAAGGUCUGCACUGCCCUGUUCGACCCGCAGUAUAGCCAGGCACCGCUCAAGUUAUCAUCUUUCUCACUAUCUGCCGUCGUCGAGGCCAUGCAAUCGCUCGUUGCUGAAUCCAACGAGGUCACAGACGGCACAUUCGGCGUCGUGUCAAGACAGCAGAUAAUCCGAGCAUUACUCACUUUGUAUCGAGUACAUAUAUCCUUUGCCCUGGUCUCCGAGAAGAAGGUGAUACGCUGGCACAAUGUCUGCAUGGAGAUCGCGGCUCCCUCCACCGCACUAUACCUCGCCCUGUGCGAGAGAUAUGCCAUUACCCCAUUACCUGGAGGAAUAUCGUCAAGUGGUUCAGUUCAGGUGAUAAACUUGGAAGACUGGGCCCGCAGCGCAGAUGCCAUGCGUGCACUCCUCCACGCUGUGGCCAUAACCCGGCUUCUGCAUCAUAUCCCAAUGGCGCAUUCACAGGCACCGUUCUUACCACUGGCUAUAUUCUCGGCUGCCAUGGUACUGAGCGUAGUAUGUUUGUUUGCGUCAAGUACGCUUGAGUUGCCCUCCUCGCCGCGAUGGGAAGAUGUUUGGGCAGGACCCCGUCAAGAUGCAGAUGAAUUCCUCCUUGCUGUCAAAGGUAAAUCCAAGGGAACAGCUGCUUCGGUGAACCUAGUUAAUGAGUUGAACUUCCUCCAACUCGCACUGAAAACUCUUACGUCUUUCUGGGGGAUAUCCGCCGAGAUGGAGAGGGUAGUCGGGCAUUUGACUGUUCUUGCUCAUGAGCGGCAUUCAGCUUUGAGGACGAGUAUUUGA